AGGGAGCUGAACAAAUCCUGAUUGAUCUCACCGGACCAUACAGUACAUUAACCAAUAAACCAAUUAUGAGGAUCCAUCUUUACCUCUGGCUUCUGCCUAUGUAAGUCAAACUUAAUAUGGAUAAUAUUAAUAUUAAUUGUAUUGAGCUGUAUUUUUUUCUUGCCACUUCUCCACAUUCUGAAUAAAAGAGUGUGCUUUUCCCACAUCAUUUAGUAUGGUUUGAAAAAAUUAAGCAAGUGUUUGUUAGAUUUUUUGACAGUGGUCCUGUUGUUAGUUGCUUGUUAAAGAACUAUUUAAACUUUUUUUUCUUCCGUUGAAAUGUUCAAAUUAGCUAAUAUCAUGUCUUCUCCCACCAGUAUAACCACCUGUUCUGGUUCAGGGACAGGUUUCAAUGAUGUACCAAGCCUAGAUCCAGAAUUGUAUAACCUGAACUGGAUGAAAUCUAUACCUGACAAAACUCCAGUAUCUGCUAUCUCCAUUCCUGGAACACAUGAAAGCUUAUCAUUACAUGGAGGACCACUUGCUAAAUGUCAAGUUUGGACCUUAAAAGACCAACUUAAUGUGGGAAUACGGUAUUUUGAUGUACAUGUUGGGAUUUGGCUGCUCACCCAAAACCACAUUUAUAUCCGGGACAGACACUGGAUGUUUUCGCAACACAUUCAAUUUGAUGAAGUCCUAGGGACGGUUUCAGAUUUCCUCACAGUCCACAGUACUGAGACUGUGCUGUUGAAAGUUACACUAAGAGGGUUAUACAAGAGGAAAGUUGAAGAGGAACUGCUCAAAAAAUUAAUUCAAAAAUUCAAAAAGAAGAUAUGGAAUAAGUUGUCGGUACCGAACAUGGAACAGGCAAGGGGCAAGAUUGUUUUUCUCCAGAGUAACAUGUUCAAUGCUGGAACAUUAAAUCAUGAAUCAUUUUUCAUCAAAUAUAACAAGCUAAUCAAUGUUGAAGAAAAAAUAAAGCAAAUCAAGCCACACCUCUGUGACCAUCACAUUGUAUUGACUGACAGUGCAGCAUCAAGGUUUGAAAGUCCUAAAAAUGUGGCUAAAAAAGUUAACAAACAGCUUAAUAACUUGGUGGUAAAACAUAAGAAAAACUCCUUAAAUCAAGGUUGCUUAGGUGUCUUAAGCAUGGACUUCCCCAGUGUUGAUCUUGUUAAAAACAUCAUUCAACUAAAACCAUGUAAUUGUGGUAAAGGUAAAGAAAAAGGACAAAGACCUGAUGGAGACAUGCCUAUACCUGAAACUACACCUGAAACAUCACCGACAUUUGGUAAGGAUCCUGAACCAACACUGGAAACAGACCUUGCCCCAGAAUCACCCAAAUCUCCGCAGGAUAUAGAAUUAACACCUGAACCAGAAAAUCCAUCAUCUGGGCAGGAUUCCGAACCAACACCUGAACCAGAAUCAAUAAAAUCUGGGCUAGAUUCAGUACCAACGCCUGAACAAAAAUCAUCAACAGCUGGGCAAGAUUCAGAAGAAACAACUGCCCCAGAAUUAACAACAUCUGGGCCGGAUUUGGAACCAACACCUGCAUUAGAAUCUGUAACAUCUGGGCAGGAUUCAGAACCAACACCUUCCCCAGAAUCCCAAACAUCUGGGCAGGAUUCGGAUUCAACUCCUGCACUAGAUUCACCAACAUCUGGGAAGGAUCCUGAACCAACACCUGCACCAGAAUCACCAACAUCUGAGUAUGAACCUGAGCCAACAGCUGCACCAGAA